GCGUAGACGCAGGAUAUGGGAAUGGGAAUUAUACAAAUGUAUAUAAUCAUAAAAAGGACCGAAACUCCUUUUCUUUUUCUCGUUAAAAAAAGCAUUUCCUUCUCUUUAUUUUGUCUUUGUUCUCCUUCUCUCUUCUCACUAUCCUCUUUGAUUCUGUGCUCUCUUCACGUUUCUCUUUGGUCGUCUGGUUUCCUAUCUUUCGUUUUGCCCUUUUAUUUUUUUUUGAUUCCCCACCAAGUUUCCCCUAAAAAUCCAUCAAACUUUAUUAAAGAAGGAAGAAAUAAUAAAGGGUAUAGAAGAACAAUGGUUUUCUCAUCCAAUUGGUCACAGCCUACGAAUUCAAACCAUCAUCAGCAUCAGCUUCACGAGAAUGGAAGUUUAGUGAGCGGCCACGGACUACUUUCUCAACAACUUCCACCUUGCCCACCAAACCCUAACCCUAACAACCACUAUGCUGCUGUCGCCAGUGGUCUUCCGGCGAGGCUUGGUGGAUCCAUGGCUGAGAGAGCGAGGCAGGCCAAAGCUCCUCCACCUGAGGGGGCCCUAAAGUGUCCUCGAUGCGACUCCAUCAACACUAAGUUUUGUUACUACAACAAUUACAACCUUACUCAGCCUCGUUACUUCUGCAAGGCUUGCCGCCGCUACUGGACACGUGGCGGCGCCCUGAGGAACGUCCCCGUGGGUGGUGGCUGCCGGAAGAAUAGCAAAAAGGGUAAAAAUGGCAACUCAAAAUCUUCAUCUUCGUCGUCCAAACAGUCUUCUUCCACGGUCAACGAUCCAAGUUCCAACUCAGGACAGCUAAGGACAAACUAUCAGUUCCCGUUUUUACCAACUCUUCACAAUCUCACUCAACUAGAAGGUAUCGGAUUGAAUUUAACUGCCGCUAAUGGCAACAACCAAGGCCACCAGAUUGGUUCUAGUUUGAUGAACGAUCUAGGGUUUCUUCAUGUCGGAAAUGGACGAAACAUAGCAGCUCCGAUUAGUGGAAACAUUCAUGACAACAACAAUAACGGUGCAAGCAGCCUAAUGAGCCACUUCAAUCUCUUCGAUCCAACGACGGGGCUACACGCUUUCCAGAACGGUGGAAAUAUCGUAAACAACGUCGGAAUAUCUUUUUCCUCUACGCCCAUGGUUGAUUCUAGGGCUUACCAGGCCGCUCCAGUGAAGAUGGAAGAACAACCCGGUUUGGUUAACUUGUCUAGACCGGUCUCCGGUUUGACGUCUCCCGGGAACCAAACAAACCAGUACCUUUGGAACAGUUCAGAUUUCUCGGGUCCUUCUUCUAACGAUCACCACCAACUCUUGUGAGAUUUAGUGUAUCUGUUGGAUCGUUAAUAUUAAUGUAUGUUACGACGAAACGGUCAUGAUCAAAUGCAUGCAGAGUACGUGUGUGGGACAGUGAUGGUGGAGACGUAUUCUGAUACAACUAAAAGGUAUCUUAAUCAGAGUUUGUGGUUCUUCAACUUAAGAUCGAUAUUUAUGUAUAAUCAGGUGAGUCAUUUGUUUUCUAUUAUGUGGUUUCAUGGUAAGUCUGAAGUUGCUAUGUCUCUCAACGAAUUCGUGUCGAGUGUGUAACAGUCCACUUUGUAUACGUUUUUAAACUAAAUCUCAUGGAAUAUAUAAUGGUUUCAGCUA